AUGGCCCAACGAAGGUCUCACCAGAAAUCUCGCCAUGGCUGCCUGGAAUGCAAGCGACGUCGAGUCAAGUGCGAUGAAUCACGACCGGUUUGUGCCAAUUGCGCUCGCCGCCAGACAGAAUGCGAGUACGAUUCGUCCGGUCCGCUCCGGUGGAUGACCGACGAGCCAUCGCGUUCCCCGCGCCCCCUCUCCGACCGACAACAAGCACCGCCAUCCCCGGACUUUAGCCUGCUUGGCCAAUUUCGCAGCAACAACAGCGCAAACAAUGGCGACGCUUCCAUACCUCCUCUCAACAUCUGCGACCUUGAACUAAUGUUACAUUGGGUAAAUGAGACCCAUGGGAUUUUUGCACGGAGCCAGCAAACCGAAGCCAUCUGGCGGACCCAUGUCCCCGCCGAAGCUCUCUCGUAUCCGUUCCUCAUGCACGGCAUUCUAGCCCUGUCAGCCCUACACAUCGCAUGCACACGAUCACCAAUCAUCCUAGGAGACGCCGCCCAAAAGGAUUACCUCCAGAUUGCUAUUUCACAUCAAGACCAGGCCUUGGCGCUCUUCCGCGACCAACUCGGCGAUAUCAACUCUCACAACGGCAAGGCCAUGUUUGCUUUUGCUAGUAUUACAGUCCUCUACGCCUUUGGCUUCCCGCGCACUCCGGAUCCAGGUAACACCGCGGUCGGUGAUCUAGUGCAGGCCUUUGUGCUGGCUCGUGGUGUGCAGCAGGUCCUAAAUCGAGCAAUGAGCACUAUUUUUGACGAUCACAUUUGGGCGCCACUACGAGAAGUGAACGACUACGAACCCAUCCUUCCAGGCGAAGCUCAAGCUGCGGUUGAACGGCUGCACAAGGCUAAUGAAACCUGCACUCGACAGGACCCGAUUCUCCAUGAUUCGUUCCUAUAUCAAGAAGCAAUUGACCACUUGGCCGAUCUCAUGGCAGCUGUCCAUUCAGGGCUGGGAUUUGCACUCGCAUGCCGCUGGGUGAUCAAACUACAAUCCGCUUUUCUGGAUCGCCUUCGGGAUCGCCGACCCUUGGCACUGGCGAUUCUAGCCUAUUUCUGCGCCUUGCUUCCGCAGUACCAAGACAUAUGGUUUGGUACCGAAUGGGCUAGGCGUGUUGUGCAGGAGAUAUGGUAUACUCUGGAUGACCAUUGGCGGCCAUUAAUCCACGGGUGCAUGGAAGAGGUAUUCGGAAAGCAGUAUUCUGAGCUAGAACGGUGA